CCUGAGAAAUACAGUGAACAGUUCCUGUGGGCUCGGAGUGAGAGUUUGCUGCAUGUUGACACGCUUCUGCUAACUAUUAUGGCUUCAAAUGAAACAAAUGGGAUUUGGGAAAUACUUAAACCUAUUGAUUUUGAGGAGCUCAUCCUGGCAUUCUGCUUGUCGAUAUUAAUUGGUCUGCUCAUCGGGAUCUUGAUUUUCCUCCUCCUUACAUGGAUGUCAAGACGGAGAGCUUCUGUCAGGAUCACCAGACGUCAAACCCCGUCGUCAGAAUCUAAAGGCUCACGUAAUCAGCACUGCCACCUCAGACACUACAAGAGUCACGGCUUCAACAAGAACAGUGAAUCUGCGGCAAGAGCGGUUUUGACCCUCCACAGACAGACCUCCGUAGACCCCAAUGAGCUGCUGGGUAGAAGCCCUAGCUUUCAGAAUUCCACUUUUCGGCCGCCACCAAAAAAGACUAAGAAGACCGGUGAUGAAACAGAGGAUGAUAACCAAGCUGAAUUACUUCCUAACAUAACAGAUCCAUUUAGUGCAGAACCAGCAGAGUCCUUCUGGCUGGGGAAGGGCAGUCUAAGAGGUUUCCUACCCAGACAGACUCCACCACCUGCUUAUGACAGUGUCAUCCAGAUCUUUCAAGAGUCCUGUACCUGACUGCACUGUGAUAAGACACAAAGGACUUGCAAAGGAUUGUACAUAAAUCCCAAAACAUGGAUAAAACAUGACAAAAGGGGGAAAAAAAUAAACGAAAGGCUUGUUCUGAUUUGACAGGGAUCCUGAUUUAACACUCAUCUGCAUUAUGGGUAACACUGUACAAUAAGGUGCCAUUAGUUAGUGUUAAUGCGUUACAUUUAUUAGUAUUCUUUAAUCUUUGUUAACGUUAGGUAAUUAAAACACCACUGUUCAUUGCUAGCUCAUGUCAGCUCAGCUUCAUUAAAAAAUAAUAAUAAAUACAAGAGAUAUGUCUGAUUUAUAUAAUUUACAGAUGCUUUUAUCCAAAGAAGUAAGCUGUUCGUCAAAGAGUCAACAAUAGUCAUGCUACACAAUGCCAAGUUUCUUAGACAAGUAGUUUAAUAUGUAUAUGUUGAAAUUAACAUUCACUAAGACUAAUAAUUGCUUUAAAAAUAUUUUUAUUGUUAGGUUAUGUUAUCUAAUUAAUGUUAACAAAUUGAACCUUAUUGUAAAGUGUAACCCUUUCAUGCAGUGGUGUAAAAGUGUUGAAUUGAAUUAUUUUUGUGUUUCUUAGGAUGAACCUGGUAAUUAAAAAUAACAGAUGCUUUAGUGCAUCUAAAUCUUUACGUUCUCUUGUCACUGUUGGUUUGGGGUGUUUAAUUAUUGAAUUGAAGCAGUGAAGUAAAGCAAAGCACAAAUAAAAGACUAACUAAUGCUGAAAAAAAA